UUUUUUGUGGAGUGGAAGGCCAGGCUCUUCUUCAAGUGAUGCUGUCUUCCUCUUGACUCUUGGUAUUGCUGGAUUGACCCGCGAUGGUCUCCUUGCAAAAAUGUUUCGUCCAGCUGCUACCUCUCCAGGACUCGUCGACCAACUUGUGGGAGCUUCCAAAGACCUAGCGGGAGGCUGUGCUGGAGGUGUUGGCUGUGUCUUGGCUGGUCAGCCGUUUGACACCGUCAAAGUGAAAAUUCAGACAUUUCCAAAUCUCUACAAGAAUGUGUUCUCCUGCCUGGGGAUCGUCAUGCGCAGGGAAGGCGUGCAGGGACUGUAUGCUGGCUCAGUACCUGCACUCGCUGUAAACGUGGGAGAGAAUGCCGUUCUCUUCAUGUGUUACGGCCAAUGCCAGAAAGUUGUACAGAACUUCUACGGUGUCAAGGAGACGUCACAGCUCACAGUUCUGCAAAACGCUACAGCAGGCUCUCUCGCUGCCGUGUUCUCUUCUUUAGUCGUGGGGCCUUUGGAGCUUAUCAAGAGCAGACGGCAAGCCCAAGCUGAGAUUGUGCGAAGCCGAGGAUACGGAAAGAGCAGGACUCCGUUCCAAAUUACGGGCGAUGUAUUACGUAGCGAGGGAGUUCGCGGUCUGUUCCGCGGCCUGACCAGUACACUGGCACGGGAAGUGCCCGGCAACUUCUUCUUCUUCGGCGGCAACUCGCUGGUCAAGAGCGCACUGACACCGGCUGGCAAGACGGAAAGUGAUCUGAGUGAUUGGGUAUUCAUCGUGGCAGGUGGUUGUGGCGGCGUAGCAUUCUGGUUGCCCACGUACCCAGCUGAUGUGGUGAAGAGUCGACACCAGGUCAAUGUUGCCGCAGGCAAGCCGAAGAAUUUCUUCAGCGGCUUCAUGGAGAUAUGGCGCAUGGAAGGCAUGCGUGGUCUGUACCGGGGCAUAACGCCUGCAUUGGUCCGCGCCUUCCCAGCCAACGGCGCUCUGUUCUACUCCGUUGAGCUAACCCGUAGGAUCUUGGAGUGAAGGAACUACAUAUGUGUGUGUGUGUGUGUGUGUGUGUUCUGCUCCGUAUUUUUCAACGUUGGGCACCUGCUGGUCGGGUGUCAUGAUUUCAUCUCAGAUUUAGGACAUUCCGGGUCUUCACUAGUUUAGACUGCAACGUGUAGGGACACAACUGUAUAGACAGUAUAUUUCUUUACUUUUUAUUAGUGUGACACAGUAGUCUCUCUCUCUCUCUCUUUCUAUCUCUCUAUCUCUCUAUAUCUAUCUAUCUCUGUCUGUCUGUCUGUUCAUGUAGUGAACAUGUUAUACUCACUGCUGUACUGUCUUGCACACCCUGUGUUUGUAGCGGUACAUGUACAUGGUCAGGCUGCCAUAUUGCCAGCCAUACACACAAGUGUUGCUUGUGCACGCUUUGCAACCGCUAUUAUGCAUACUGAUUUAGUUGUUAGGACAGUGUGUAGUGCUCAGUGCGUGUGUUCUAAUGCAGUACAACUCCGCAACAGAGAGGGUGAUUUACAUGUAUUGUUCUCACGCCGCCCCGUGGUACUCAGGCCCGUUCUAUUUCGAGCAGCGUUUUUUCGGGGUUCCAGGCAAAGCACAGCUAUCUGAUUUGAUCUCUUUUCUUCCUAGGACCCACCAGAUAGUCCAUAGUUUCUGAUUUUUUUUCUGUUCUAACACUUGCUCAUUUUUCCUAUUAUUUAUUUCUUCUAGACCAUGUGACAUGUCAAUGCUUGGGAUUGUCCCUGCAGCUAGUAUUGUGUUUUUUUUGCAUGGCAGUAUUUUCUGCCUGUUUAUAUUUUUUAUCACCUUUUAAAUAUGAUAGUCGCACCAACCUCUUCUUUUUAUGAUAACAAAUCACCAAAUUGGGUAUGAAGAACAGCUGAAAUGUGCCCCUUUUA